GUCAGCAUCUCCAGUGGCCAUGUGGGACCCUGCAGCGCCAGCACCGCCGAGGGGAGCGGCGUGGGCAGGGCAGGCUCCUUGCUCGCCCAGCCCAGCCCAGCCUGAUCCCUGAAAUCCGUCCUUCCUCCGGGCACCCUCCCAAAGACAGCCGGACCUUCCCCGGAAACUUCCACGCUAGGAUAUUGUCACCUCCGGUUGAUCAUUCAGCAACAUCUGACACUUCAAAGCCCGGAGCAGCUCUCACCGCUGCAUGGCUGUGCCGUGAAUUGACACAUGAGCCCCCGGGCGCAGCCUUCCUGUGCUCCCCGAGCCAGCGCAUUGCUCACAAUGGAUUUCUGCCGGACCUGGUAGUGCAGCGUGUGCUCAGCAGAGCCUGCUCUAGCCUGAGAGCUGACCGAGGUGAGGCAACCAAGAUGACAAACGAACCAAUUAAAGAGAUCCCAGGCACUCCAAAGCAUCCCGACCCCGGGGCCGUGGAGAAGAGCAACAACAAUGACUGUGUGAUAACCACCAUCCCUCUGGUCAGCGAGUGCCAGCUGACGGCAGCCACAGGGGGAGCAGAGCUCUCCUGUUACCGCUGCACCAUCCCCUUCGGCGUGGUUAUCCUCAUAGCCGGCGUGGUGGUGACUGCCGUGGCAUACAUCUUCAAUUCCCACGGAUCGAUCAUCUCCGUGUUCGGAUUAGUCCUCUUGUCGUCGGGACUCCUUUUGCUGGCUUCCAGUGCAGUCUGCUGGAAAAUCAGGCAGCUAAAGAAGAAAGCAAAGAGGCGAGAGAGCCAGACAGCGCUGGUGGCGCAUCAGCGAACCUUGUUCGGUUAGAGGCACCCGAGGGAGGGCUGGGCAGGAGGCAGGACUUGACUAUUUAUCGCUGGGAGACACUGCAGGCGUUAAUUUAGCUUUGGAAACCAACUGCCAGCAGAAUGGAUUAAGAGAUACUCUUUAAAUUAAUAUCUCUGCAAGUGCUCUGAAAUAUUUUCCUUCCUGCAGCCUUGGGAGUGAUUCUUUCCGAGAGGGAGGAAAAUCCACUUGUCCUCCCCAGGGAGCAGGCUCAUCUUAACUGCAGUCACCCUAACUGCACUCCCCAGCCUGCUGAUCCUGCUGGAAAGGGAGCUUGUGAGAACGAAGGAAAUAAUUGGAACUGACUGGAAAUGCCAGAGAUCUCCUUAAAAUACACACUGUGACGUCUGACCAAGGGAGAAGCCACAGCGUCUGAAGGGACGGCGAGCUCACAGCCUGUGACUUCAACUGGAGCUCCAAACAGACACCCCCACCCCCGCCCCCGACAAAGCAAUAGCAACCAGACCCUCUGCAGAUUGCUCAAUAAGCUGAUUCUUACGUUUUAUGUAACUGUCCCCUCCCAAUACCUGUGGUACUUCACCUCCCCUCCCCCUUCAUUUUUUAAACCAACUAAUAUGGGUUUUGUUUUCCUCUCAGCUAGCAGUAGGUAGCAACCUGUAAGUAAUUCUGUCGUCUAGGCUAAAUAACGAGGGAUGGGUAUAGCUUAAGACAGGGUGAGGCUGGGGUUUGUAACUUGACGUGGUCAGGUUCAGCACUUUUGAUUACUCUGCUAUAAAACCCCCGAGUAAAUGUCAUUAAAAUAACAUCCAGUGCUGCUAGACCUUCCGAAGCCCUGGCGGGGCUUAGCGGUGCCGGGGCGCUUGUGCCGCCAGCUUUGCCUGCUUCUCUUCGUAGAGCAACAUCUGUGACAGGAGCUGGACAGGAGUGCUGCUGAUCCCUGCCUGUGGACUGUGGCUUGCUUAGCAGCUCAGCUCCUGGGAAACCACACAGUCAGUCCUGCAGACACCCAGGCGGUGCUGGGCACAGCUGUGGGUAAUGACUUGUGGAAGCAAAGUCACCUCUGGGGCGUUUGCUUUGGGAUGAUGAGUCGCAGGUGCCAGGCGUCCCCUGCGUGUGUCUGAGGUGUUUGGGGCUGUAACUCUGGUGUUCUGGAGGUCUUCCAGCUUUGCUCAUGUGGUGACUGACUGGGGGGCUGCUCUGAAGCAAGCUAGGACAUUUCUUCUUCAGCUCUAUUAGGAAGGGCAAGUGUUGAGCCAAGUCACAGGCUUCCAGGCCAGUGUGUAUGAGGGUGUCAGAAGGAAGACAAGCUGCAGAGAGGGACUUGUGACAAGGGCUGGUAGUGAUAGGAUGAGAGGGAAUGGAUUGGACCCUGAGGAGGGCAGAUUUAGACUGGAAUCUGGGGAGAAAUGCUUUACAGUGAGUGUGGGGAGACGUUGGAACAGAUUACCCAGGGACAUUGUGGAUGUGCCCUCCCUGGAGGUGUUCAGACCUGGUUGGAUGAAGUCUUGAGCAACCUGGGCUGGUGGAAGGUGUUCCUGACCAUGGCAGGGGGUUGGGACUGGAUGAUCUUUACAGUCCCUUCCAUCCCAAA